AUGAGCCAUUUGGACGAUCCAUCUCAGCUAGAUGCGGUUUUUCUGAAUUUAGGAAAAAUCCAUGCCAAACACGAGGAGCAAUUGGGAUUCAGCGCACAUUACUGGUCGGUAUUCAAAGAAUGCGUGCUUUUUCAUUUCAGAAAAGCAAUGAAAUCUCAUAAUAAAUUCACAAAACACAAAGAAAUGUCAUUUGCUGAAAUCGACUCGGCAAUUAUCCUUUGGAGAGAGGUCCUUCGUUUUAUUAUCGAUCGAAUGAAAGUGGGCUACUGUGAGUCGGGAGCGAUUAGGAAGAGCAAUAAGCAGGCUAUCAACGGACAACACUCAAUCUCUGGAGAAGAUUCAGGCGUCUCGUUUUCCGUCGAAACGAAACAAGACUUAACCCAGGUGAAAACGGCAAAAGCUACAAAAAAUCGCAUGGCUUCUCGGCACUCGUUGGCUGUUAUACGUACGAAUGGAAUCAAUCAAGACGAUUCCACGUCUUCACCAUCAACGACUACAUGCAAUUUACUUCAAACUAUUGCUUCGAUAUCACCAAAAUGUGUGCGCCGGCGAUUUUCUUUAUCACCCAGAAAUACGCAUGUUUAA